UUAGUUGGAUUGAUCAUUAGACUCCCUGCCAUGUUGUUGUGUUUGAUGAGUGCCAAGUCUUGAUUGAGUCAAGGGCACCACAUAAUCAUGUCGAUAACUCGAGUUUAGUUACUUGUGUUGAGGCGUGAAGUUAUCUCUCACCUCCCAAAUGACCAUUGGAGGGGGUGGAGAUUGAGAUUGUUGUUGGCUUGUUAGAGUAGUGAUGAGUACCCAGUCCCUGUAAAGUGAAUAUGAUUAUUGUACCCUUGUAUUUGUUAGCCGUGUAUUGUGAGAUUGAUUUCCUUGUUAGUGUGGUGGUUUGAUAUCAGAGUGGCGCAGCGGAAGUGUAGUAGGUCAUGCUCUGAUCAUAGAAAGUCGGUAAGGCAUUUGUUUGUCUUAGAUUGUGUGAAGCCACUCACCAAUCUAGACAAUCCUAGAUUUGAGUUUUGGGGACAAAACUCCUUUUUAGGAGGGGUGGAUGUAAUAUCCCAAAAUUUUGGGGAUAUUUUAGCAUUAAGUAAGGGACUUAAUUGAAAAAAAAUAUUGUUUUGGGGCUUAAUUGUAAAAUCUUUAAAAGUUGAGGGACUAAAAAGAAAGGAAAUUAGGAUAAGGAUGAAUUGCUUUUUCUUUUUCUUUUUCUUCUUUCUUUCUUCGUCCUCAGACCCGCAUGCCCUGCUCUUCCUAUUUUCCCCCCGACCCUCUGCACCCAACGAGCCCCGUUACCGCCCCCCCCUUUUUCCGGCCGGAAAUCCGGCAAAGCUUGGGGAUUUCUCCCUAUUUUCUUGUCUUAGAACACCUGUUGAACCCAGAAAAUCCCAAAUCUGCGUCUUCUUCCCUCUGCUGUCCGUCGGCUUCAACUUGUGGGUUUGAAAUUUCUGGGCGUUUUUCGCCGUGAGUUUUCCCCCAUGGGUCCCGUCGACUUCCUCACCAGCCAAGCUCGGGUUCUGCUAGCUGGAAUUUUGGUAAGUUGCCGGCUCCCAAGUCCAAUUUAUCCAUGUAAUUGUUGCCUUGUGUUGAUUGGGUUUUUGCUUUUGAAUAGCCCAUUGCUGUCCGAAAUUCUGUUGAAAGAGGGGAGGAAGUUCGGCAGCCUCUAAGCAUGAGUUUUGUUUAAUUCAUGUAGAAACUAGCUUAACUUGGUUGUUGUGAGGUUAAUUGUGUGAAACCCCCGUGAAUUAGCUAUGUUUUGCUAAUUUGGGAGUUGAAGUUACUGUUCACGAGUUCCGAGCCUUGUGCACUUGUGGGACCCGUCUCACGAGUGCACGGCGUCUGCCACGUCCCUGGAUUUGGGUUCUGGGGCGUGACAAUAAGGAUGAGAGAGUUUUUCGUUCAAUUAACUUUUCUUUUCUUU